AUGUCUAUCUCGGAGCGAGAAGAAGGUCUGGUCGAGCAUGCCGCCGCCAACAAAGAAGCACCAGAAAUUCCGACUUUGCGAGAAGUGCUGUGGAGGCUCGCACCCACGUACAGCACUUGCUUCUUAUGCCGAUUGAUGCGCGGUUUGGUCAUGGUCUCUGUCCCCCUCCAUGUCUUAGACAUGGGCGGUGAUGCGAAGCAGGUCGGGCUGCUGGCCUCUCUUUAUGGUAUCGGCUACGCAGUGGCCAACAUCCCCGCAGGCUUCCUCUUGCCGGUUAUUGGUGCCAAGUACACUCUUCUGCUGGCUUGCGGGUGCUUCCUCCUCUCGGCCAGCAUUUGUUUCUUUGAGGAUGUGAGGGUGCUGAUGGCUUCCUACUUCCUCCUGGGUCUGGCAAACUCGGUAGGUAUGCUGGCACAGCAAACCUACAUCUCUGGUGUAGUUCACUCAGAGCGCCGAGGCUUUGCACUCAGCAUCAUGGGGAGCCUGGCUCGGCUGGCGCUGGCGCUGGGGCCGUCUAUGGGCUCUCUCCUGCAAGGCAAACUUGGCAUGCGUGCCGUGUUCUCCGUGCAGCUGGUCUGCGGUGGUGCCGCAUUCAUGGUGGCGGUCGGGUUCCUGGGCAAAGCUGCAGAAACGGAGGCCCAUGAGGCCCAUGAGGCCCAUGAGGCCCAUGAGGCCCAUGAGGCCCAUGAGGCCCAGAGCCGAAAAGACGUGAUGACUCAAGCCAAGGAUGCUGUCCAGCAAGAUGGCGGCCGCCUGCUCCGAGUGCUGUGCUUGGCCUGUGCCCUGCAAUGUGUCCGCAGGGGGCGAGAGCUCUUCUUUCCCCUCUCCGGCCGAGAUGCAAACUUGUCCGAUGUGCUCAUUGGGCAGGUUGCGGCUUUGUCGUUCACGGUGGACAUGCUUGUGUCUCCGCUUGCUGGGCAGCUUAUGGACUCCUGUGGACGGCGCUGUGCCGGCUUUGUGUCCUUGAUGCUGCAGUCGCUUGGGAUCACACUUCUCGUCUUCCGUACUGCCGUGUCCAUCGCCGCCUCUGGUGCACUUACUGGCUUGGGUAAUGGCCUCUCCUCCGGACUCCUCAUGACACUCGGCGCGGAUCUUGCCCCACCUGGAGCUGGACGUGGUGCCUUUCUGGCUGUGUAUCGGCUCUUCUUCAACAGCAUGGAGUUCAUCACCCCGGCCCUCCUCGGUGUCUUGACCUCCUGGGCGUCAUUGCACGCUUCAGAGCUUGCGACAGGCGCCAUCGGGCUUCUCGGAGGAAUUUGGGUCCUACUGUGCGUGCCCGAAACAUGGCGGCUCUGGUCGGCUUUUAGCCUCUGGUGUUUAUGCUCGUUAGCUUGUCCCCCCCCCUUUAACUAG